AUGCGGAGCUUAGCUUCCUUAUCCUUCCUCGUCGCUGCUGCUACAGCGCAAUCUGUGAUUGAAAGCUCUAGCUUUGGCUAUGGUCAUACUAUAUCGCCAGACAGAGAUUCCAUCCCUGGUUGGCUGGUUGGGGGAGAGGGCCAUACACCUCAGAUUCUUUCCAACAAAGUCAUUCUCACUCCUCCCUACCCAGGAAACACAAGAGGUUAUGUCUGGUCACAGUCCCCCCUAUCUCAGCCAGAAUGGUCAGUUGAAUUUCAGUUUCGAGCCACUGGUAUUGAGAGGGGAGGUGGCAAUCUCCAGUUAUGGUAUGUGAAAGAUGGAGGAAGCAAGAUUGGCUCCUCUAGCAUCUACACUGCUGGCCAGUUCGACGGUUUUGCACUUGUCAUUGACACACAUGGGGGAAGAGGCGGAAGCAUUCGAGGCUUCCUCAAUGACGGAACGACUGACUACAAGAGCCAUAGAAGCGUUGACAGUUUGGCUUUUGGACACUGCGACUAUGCUUACAGAAACCUCGGCCGUCCCUCUAUCGUGCGCUUGAAGCACACUAAUUCUGUUCUUGAAGUAACCGUGGAUGACAAGCUUUGCUUCUCAACAAACAAGGUCGCCCUUCCUACUGGUAACAACUUCGGUAUAACGGCAGCUACUCCUGAGAACCCAGAUUCCUUCGAGAUCUUCAAGUUUGUCGUGCAGCCUAGUGCUUCUGGAACGAACGCAGCACCUCCUGCUCAGCCGCAAGCCAACCAACAACCGAAUGUCAACCAAGGACAGGCUCGUCCCGUUGACCCUCGCUCAGUAAACUCUGACCAACUCGUUGAUCUCAGCAGCCGUAUUCAAAGCCUCAAUGACGCCACUAACAGCAUUGCCCACGACGUCAGAAGCCUGUCCUCCAAAGCGGAAAGUCGCCAUAUAGAGCUUCAGAAGAUGGCUACCAAGGAGCAGGUGGCCAAUCUUGAUGCCCGGUUGCAGAAGAUCGAGCAGUUGCUGCAGAACAUUCAGCGUGACUUGGAAGGCAAAGACUACCGCGACCGCUUCAAUCAGCUGCACGAGACCCUGAGGUCUUCGCACAUGAGCCUGACUGAGAAUCUGCAAGGCACACUUCUCAAUGUCAUUACCGCCUCAACCCCUCGCAUGGGCUUCUUCAUCUGUCUCGUCAUCGCCGUGCAACUCCUCCUUGCCGGCUCCUACAUCAUCUACAAGCGUCGCCGUGCGAACAUGCCCAAGAAGUUCCUUUGA